AUGUCUGUCAAUGCCAGUACACGCACUCAGUCAAAAAAGACAGGCGACAGUGAUGCAAAAGCUGCUGAAGCUCAAGCCAAGGUUGCCCGAGUUCGUGCAGCCGCUGUACAACAGGCUCUGAGCAUACAAGAGAAGAAAGAUCUCCAGGCCAGGGUUCUCGAUACUAUCAUUGUCGCAUUUGAUCUCCCUACUGACACAUCUACUGACGCCGCUCACCCUACAGUCGCAGAUGCAAACACCUUCCGAGAAGCCUUGUUACUAUUUCGACCUCAAGACCUAGACGAAGUUGUGUCCGAACGAAACAUCGACAACCGAUGUGGUUAUGCUUUAUGCAGGAACCAGAACCAAGCAGCAAAAUUGAAAAAGGUCUGGGAUAGCGCAGCUGGGAAGAUCAUAGAUAAGCAGAUCGAUGGAAAGUGGUGCUCGACGGAGUGCAAGAAGAGAAAUGCGUAUGCUCGAAUGCAGCUCAGUACAGAGCCUGCUUGGCUACGACACGAGCGGGCUGGUCAGGUCCAGCUUUUGACCGACGGCCUGCCCCAUGUUGACCUGGCGGCUGACAAAAAUGAGGCUGAGGCAAAGGGAAAGACAGCUAACCAGCAGGAAUUAGCAUUGGAAAGAGGGGAAAAGCAAGCGAUCAACACGGAUGACAUUGCCAUCUUCGAGAAAGAGAGGACGAGACCCCCAAAACCACCACAACCGACCCACAGUAUUGUGGUUGGUGACAUCCUCGAGGGACUACCCAUUCGAACCGCAGGCGCUGAGAAGAGAAUGAGCCAAUAUCGGUGA